GGAGGAAAACGUCCACACGAUGGCCCAUUGGUUUUGUCUUCUGAGUCGUAGCUAAAGAAGUUGAACAUGCGACCUGAUGUUUUCCCAAUAAAGUGAUCUGUUUGGAUACAAAAGUUAAAGCUUGCUUAGAUAAUCUCUCUUCUCUGCACCAACCACCAUCAUCUCCUCCACAUAAUAUUCUCUGUUAGAAAUUAGCAUUUGCAACUCAAUAACGAAACCUCCUUUUCUGAAUUAGGUUGCAUUUCAUUUAGGUGUUAUUUCACUUGUUCUCCCUGCUCUUAUUUAUAGACUGCUUGAUUACUGAAGCUCUGCUCUUGGUAUCUGUGUGCUCUGAGGGAAAUUGGAGAUGUGUGUGACGGAGGCUCGCAACGGAAGCUUUGCUUCUCGUGAGUAGCUCAGAAGCAUAAGGCAGAGGUAGAAGAAGGAGAACAAAUAAGAGACAGUGAAACAGAAUAUGAACAGGCUCAGCAGCUCAGGCUCCUUUUCAGGACAUGAAGGGAAAGAUGUUAGCUGUUCUGAAGAAAAAGAGAAGCAGGAAGAAAGAUUAAUAAUCCAGCAGUCUCUGUUUGCAGAUGGUGUGGAGGAGGGAGAAGAGGAGCUGUGCUCCUACGGACAGUCAUCGCUCGGAGAGAAGAAGCGCCGGCUGAGUGUCGAUCAAGUGAAAGCUCUAGAGAAAAAUUUUGAAACGGAGAACAAACUAGACCCGGAGAGGAAGGUGAGGCUGGCGCAAGAAGUAGGCCUGCAGCCGCGCCAAGUGGCGAUUUGGUUCCAGAACCGCCGCGCCAGAUGGAAGACGAAGCAGCUGGAGAGAGACUACGCCGUGCUGAAAGCCCGGCAUGAUGCGCUCAAGCUCGACUUCGAUGCGCUGCGCCAAGAGAAGGAGGCGCUCGAAGGAAAUGUGAAGGAGCUGAAGGCCGAGUUAGAGAGAUCUGCAACGAAGUCGAUCGAGAAAGGCGCGGAAGAAGAUAAAAGUUCAGUCUUUGUCUACAGAUACGGCGCUUCGGACAGCGAUUCCAGUGCUGUGUUCAACGACGAAACUAGUCCCCGUUCCGCGGCGGUGCUGGAGCCGCACGGUUUCAUGGGGCUCAGCUCUCAAAGCUCCUCCUUGUUCGAGAUCAAAGCUCAAGGCGAGAUGAUGAUGAACUACUCUGACGAGAAAUCCUUGUAUGGAGAUGAUCAGGAUCCCUGCAGUAGUUUCUUCUCUAAAGAAGCAGCGCCGAGCCUCUCCUGGUAUUAUUCCGAUGGGAAUGAUACGAUCUCUCUCGUGUAAACAAAAAUUUAAAAAAUUAAGAAAGUACUGUAAAUGGAGCUAGCUCUGCAAUGAUCGAUCUACAUGAUCAGAAACGUGUACUAAAGACAAAAGAGGGAGGAAAGAGGUCCAUCUCUCUCAUGGGAGGAAGCAAAAGAACAAGAAAAAUUUGCUGUCGAGCUAAUUAAAAAAAGUAUCUUGUUCAUGGAGUGGAUACAUGCAGAAAUGCUUCCGUUCGUUUCACCAUCAUCACUGUAUCUCUAUCAGGAACACUCCUAGUAAAAAAUUUAGAUUAUGAAUUUUCUUAUCA